AUGAUUUAUGCCAGGUUUCUAAACCAGGUCAAGGCAUCAGCGUCACGGCGGCUGACUUACUAUUUUCCUCCCUUGAACCUCUUACCACUGCUAUUGUUUCGACCGUUGAGACUCUGCGUACCUUCAGAGCAGAUACGUUCGGCACGCAUCGUGCUCUUGAAGAUCACUCACGCUCCUUAUAUCGCCGCUAUAUGGGUCUAUGAGGAGCUGUAUGCAUUGCGUAGCCGCUGGCAGUAUUCUAAAAGCUCGCAGCAACGGAUGCGAUCUGCAAAGCGAGGCAUACACACACAUAUGCCAACCCCACGGCCAGAUUUUAUGAGCAGAUCCGAAGUGUCGAUACCAAAGACACCGACCAGUGCCAAGCGCCCGAGUGCGCUUGGGCUAACGGACAAUGACUUGGCGGCUACCCUGAAGACCAUAAAUGAGCGACUGGCCACUAUGGAACGGAAGAUUGACCAACUCAGCAGAUAG